AUAUCGCUUGUCUGUAACACUCUUCAGUUCGGGUUGCGAUUCAAAACACAUGGCAUCACGACUUGUGUAGUUAUGCCGAAAAAUAAAAGCACGAAAGGAGGCAAGGGUAAAGAUAACAGCGAAAAGCCUAAAGAUGAAGGGAAGAAAAAGGAUAUCAAAGGAGGUACUUCUAUAAAAGUGCGACAUAUUCUGUGUGAAAAACAAUCAAAGGCUUUAGAAGCCAUUGAGAAAUUAAAAAGUGGCAUGAAGUUUAAUGAAGUAGCUACCCAAUACAGUGAAGACAAAGCUCGGAACGGGGGUGACCUUGGUUGGAUGACUCGUGGAAGCAUGGUUGGACCAUUCCAGGAGGCAGCUUUUGCUCUCACACCUAGUUCUGUAAAUUCUCCUGUUUAUACAGAUCCUCCUGUAAAAACUAAGUUUGGUUACCAUGUGAUAAUGAUUGAAGGCAAAAAAUGAUAUAAACCAUUUUUUCACUAUU